AUGCGCUACAUGGAGCAUAAUUUCCCAAAACAAAGACCUGAGCAGGAACCAUUUCUGGAGAAGUUCACCACAUCACCCCUGUUCCAACUAGAGAAAUCCCGCUAUGGAAAUUAUCGCUUCACAUUUCCCCUCAAGGAUCUGAUGCAGUGGUACAAGGAACAGAACUGUGGAGGAAAAGAGCCGGUUCUUAGAGUGCAUGAGACUGUCACCUACAAACAGGAGAUUGUGUACACCGUGCUGAUUCACAGUCCUGAGGAUAACACUCGUUUUGCAGAAUACCCGCUUCUUGAAGCGAGUGAGUGUGUUCGUUACAAGGAUGGGAGGAUUAUCUGGAACGCACAAGCCAUUAGUGAAACCCACUGGUAUCAGUUUGAUUCAGGAGAAGUGCAAAGACUAAAUACUCAUCAGUUUUAUGUCUGGGAUCAGGUUAGCUUAGUCUUUCACUUGCCUAAUUGUAAGAAAAUAGAAAUCGACAGAAAACGGCUUAAAAACGCCCUCGAGGCCUGUAAACUUGACAACAUAGAUCUCUCAGGAUACCGAGGUCCUAAAGACAAAGAGGAACGCUUCUCUGAAGCAAAGAUGAAAGUGAGUGAAUUGAAACGAGAGCUGGAAGAGGAGGAGAAUGAAAAAGAGAGCAAAGAUGAUGAUAAAAUAAAAAUGGAGGUAGAUCCAUGAUUGUGAACGAUUCAAAGUAAGAGUUAGACAGUAAAGAGGAUGAAGAUCAAGCAAACUUUGAAAUAUAUUCAUGGGUAGAAAGUACAAAAUACCUCUCAUACUGUAUAUUUAACCAUAUUGUUAUAUUUCACCAGAAAAUAUUUAAUAUUAAUAUCUAUAUCUAUCAAUUUAGAAAUAAUCCCAACAAUGUAAUGUUUUGUAAUCAUUUUAGUUUAAAAAAUAUGAGAUAUCCUGAUUUGUAAUGAUAAUUUUCUGGAUUUAUUGUGAGUGCACAAAUGAUAAUAUGUAUGUAACAGGAGAAGAAUAAAAAAAUCUCUGUGAUUUAAUUUUCAUUUAAUUUUCUGUGAUUUCAUUUUCUUUAGAUAAAAAAGGAUUAGUUUAGGAUUAGGAAGGAUUUCAUCAUAUGUGUGGCAGCUGAUGGUGGCGGGAGCAGGUGUAAUGUUUUGUAAUUGUUUUAGUUAAAAAUAUGAAAUAUGAGAUGUGUAAUGAUAUUUUCUGGAUUUGAUGUGAGUGCACAAAUGAAAAUAUAAUGUAACAGGAGACGAAUAAAAGUUUCUCUUUGAUUUCCUUUUCAUUUCAUUCUUAUUUCAUUAGCAAUCCAUGUAUCAGCUCGGUUUUGGAAGGUGGAAGGAAACUGGACAACCUGGACACAGACGGGGAUAUGAAUGCGUCAGUAAACCCCUUGCUCUUUAAGAACCAAAUAUCAGAAAAUGAAAACAUGGCUUGUUAUUUUAUUAUUCAUUUACAAA